AUGGAGAUUUACAUUAGACUUAACGCAGAUGUCGAGCACGACUAUGCGUUUCAGGUGUCAAAUGAAGACACCAUAAAUAACAAAAUUAAGAAGAUUUUCCCUUCCAAGACGGGUUUGGCGGACUUAAUGGUGCUGAGACCAUCAAUUUUCCAUGAGAAGGAGCCCGUAAAGUUCUAUAAGUCUAUCCAUCCAGGGUACCUGUCCGAAGGUGGUUGUUUGAUGUUCCAUUAUGAAGCUGAUAACGAAGAAAAUCUCGAGGAGUUGAAUGACUCCAAGCCGCUUAUUGACCAGUUGUGGCCUGGUCAGCUAGUUGUUCCGGAGUGGAAGCUAUCCAAGAAAAACAUAUGGGUAUACACCAUUAUUAUGUUGGCCUGGCUAUAUACCGAUUUGCCCGACGCCAUUUCUCCAACCCCAGGUAUUUGUUUGACUAAUCAAUUGUCUAGACUAUUGAUUCCUGUAGCCAAGCACAUGGAUUUACCUGAAAUUGCCGCUAAACUCGAACAAGAAGUUCAGGCAAACUAUUCUAGUCUCGUAGCUCAAUGGCUUUUCUUUGUCAUGCACAUUUUCAAAGUGGGCAUAAUUACUUUAUUCCUCAAAUUAGGCAUUGCCAACCCCAUCAGCUUCAAUCCUUACAAGUUAUGGAGUUUGAGAGAUUUAACUUCUCCUUCUGCUAACGGCGCUAAGAAUUCUGGCGGCAAUAACAACACUACUGACUUAAAGACACGUUUGCGCUCUCUGGGCUGGAUUGGUGCUAAGAGAGCUACUUACGACGAUUACCAGACUAACUAUUACAACUAUGUCAUAGAUAAGAUGGGUGGUGCAGUUGCUGCUUAUAGAGCGGGCGCGAUUAGGAAAGCUGCAGCACCAGGUAUCCAACUUGUGGCUGGAGAGGGUUUCCAAAGUCCUCUAGAAGAUAGGUUCACUGCUUCCACUUUCACGGCUAUUAAAACCGAACGGAAAUUCAUUUUAAGUGAAGAAUACUUUGUGGAGCUGGAAAACAAUCUAAAGAAGAUCUUGGAAGAGUAUGACGGGGAUAUUGGUAAGAUGAAUGCUGAAAUUAGGAGGUUUAGAAGGUUUGGUAUUUAUGAACCAGAUGAAAAACUGGCCUCGCUAGUUAAGCUCAGAAGAGAAAUUGCUGAUGAGAAAGAGAAAGCAUCAAACAAUGAUGCUACUUUUGGUAUAAAAAAGAAUGAUUUGAAAAAAUCUAAUUAA